AUGUGCAUGCAGGUCAAGAACUGCUUCUGCCUGCGCCACACCCUCGCCCGGAUGAACAACGUCUGCGGCUGGUGCGACAAGACAGACGAGCCGAUGCUGGGCUCCGCGGACGGCCCCCGGUCACCCUUGAUCUGCAGCAAGUGGAUCUUUUCUCACGCCGACUGUCCCUACUUGUGGUGCGCCGAGGACUGGGGAUUCGGGCGAUUCUUCGGGCUGGUGUCUCCUCUCGUGGUGUUCGGACUGGCAUGGCACUUCGCUGGGGGUGCCGAGGAGCCGCUUCGGCAGCCACAGAAGCCUCAGUUCUUGCUGUGCAGGGUGACGCUGGCGGAGUUCUCCAAGGGCCUCCGGGGGAACAGGCAGCGGAUGAUUUCGGCACCGUUGCAGAACUACUUCCCUUUUGCCCCACGUCUGGGCCACCUCUUGAGAGAGAUAAUGAAGAGUAGCGUCCUGCAGCAGUCGCUCACCCACAGCGUGCGCAUUGGUUUCUUCAUGUCGGUCUUCUAUACCGCGGUACGUGUCUCCCCUGCAUUUGUUGACAAGCUUCAAUACCAAGUCCUGAGGGCCACAUUGGAGGAAUUUAAGCGCUUUUCAGGCGCACUUCGGGUUUCAGUGGGCUUCUUGUUCUCGUUCUACGCUCUUGGCAGAGUGAGUUGGUGGUGGAAUGUGAUCGACAUCUGCAGGAGUAUGCAGGGCAGAACACACGAUAUCGCCCUUAUCCUCGGUGGUCACUCGGCUGUGAAUGAUUGCCCGCAAGCUAGGGACGCCUCAAAGCAGGAAAAGUGGCUAGAAGCCAAGUGGAACGUCUACAGGUUUCUCAUGCUGAGCUGGGUCUUGUGCUACAGGCCACUCUCAGCAGACUUCCGAUUAGUUACGUUUGAAGAUCUAGUAGACGUGGGUCUCUUGGAAGAGUCAGAGAAGGAUAUCUUGCGUGAGUGCGCGCACGCGCGGAAGGCACCUCUAAAGUGGGCUUCUACCUGGAUCUCGCACCAUGUGGAGGACGAACAAGUGCGGACCCUUAUGCUUGACAAGCUGUGUGCACUCCGCGGCACGAUGGGGGCGCUGCACGACGCCUGUGAGUUGAGAGCCCCGAUGUCUUUCGAAGGGCUUAUGUACACCCUUGUUGUCGCGUGGGUCUAUACCAUCCCCUUCUGGAAUCUAGAUUACCUCGAUGACCGCAGGGUAGUGCUCGAGCACAAUGUCACAAUUCCGACCCUGACCGCGAUCUGCACCGCACAGUUCUACCUAUCCAUGGUGGCGCUGCUUGAGAUCUUCAAGGAUCCAUUCGGCGUCUCGAGGGACGGUCUGAGCGUGGAGACGAUCUUUCUGGAGACCGAGACGACGACCUGGGACUACCUGACAGCCCCAGCCGCAGACUGCUUGGAACACGCCCUGUGUGGCGAAAGGUUCACCCUGCCCACGGGCGACGUUGCCGGCGUCGCGUUGGGAAGGCUGUCGGGCAGCCUCGAGGUGGAGGUUCUUCAUGGCAGCGCGAGGAGGGCGCCAUAG